AUGAUAUAUCACAAAAAUUGUGAUGAUAUCAGCUUAAUCAGCUACAUUUUUGGUACAUUUGAUCCAGAUGAAAUUACCCUAUUUUUCCAGUGUAUGAUCUUACCGCCUGAUUAUAUCUCACUGAGAAAGACGAUUGGGAAAGGCUUUCCAUACAUGAAGGCAGAUGAAUGGAAGACUUCGUGCUUAGUGUACAGGCCUAUACUUCUACAAGGCCGUUUACCUGGUGCAUACCUUGAUAAUUGGACGGCAUUCACAAAUGCAUGUCAGUAUCUUGCAAAGCCAUCAAUCUCAAAUGAAGAAAUCGACGAGGCACACAAUUUUGAGAGAUUUAAUGGCACAAUCAAGAACUAUUCAACAAAUCGAAGGGACAGGUUUGAGAAUACAUACAUGCGCAGAUAUAUCGAAGAUACUUACAAAGGUGAUCUUGUUUGCUCACUUUUGCCAUCAAUUCUACCUGCCUAUGCCAAUAUACUUCUCGAUCUCUCCUCUGCCUCUGCCUCUGCCUCUGCCUCUGCCAAUUCUGGUAUGCCUCAGUUUAAUCUUGAUGCAUUCAUCAAUGUUGCCGACAGGAAUAUUGAUAUCAUCAAACAAAACGAGCCACUGCUGCCAUCCGCAUAUCCUUUGGCUUUAACAGAUGAAACUGGUUUUUCUCAAUCAUUUGUGAACAAUUGGAUCAAGAAAAUUGCAUUGAUUAAUCUUUUAGGACAAGUCUACCAAAGCAGCCAUGGAAAUAUGCAACGCAGAUCAUUCAUUCAAGCAUGCUUUUGUACAGAUGAUGAGGAUGACAACGUUGAAUACACUGGGCAAAUACAGUACCUCUUUUAUAUGCCAACUGAGGGAAGUGAUGACAUGAAUGGUAGAAUAGAGUUGAAGGAGUUUAAGUUUUCUGAGAGUAACUUCCAGAAUAUUUUACCAGUUCAUCGCCUCUACAAGCCAGUUGCUGUUGACAAUUACAGAUGUGAAGAUGGCAUAACAAGAAUGGGUGUGGUUUUAUUGCUUCGGAAAAUAUAUGCAUAA